AUGCCAACCCAAACCGGGAGCCACAGCCGAGAAUAUUCUCUCCCUUCAGUUCCUGAUUCUGAUUUUGGCGGUAUCAUCUCACGCAAUCGUCGUUCUUUUGCUGCCUUAGCUCAAAAGACCUCCAACGCUCUUGCUAGUCUGUCUGGAAGUACAGUACGCUCCUCCACUUCAUACGGUAGCCUGUCGAGACCGCAUAAGCUCUCCGCAACCCCUGUGACCCCACCAUUCGACAGCGACACUUACGAGCAAUUGACGGGAACCUCGCGCCCUUCGUCCCCGGCCUUGGUCGACAAUCCUGCCAAUUCGGUGCUCAAGCGUCGCUUGACUCUUCAGCGUCUUCCUACACCUCCCCACGAAACCCGUCCUUCCCCGCCCGCACCCAAAAUGCAUCAGACGUCGUCAAGGUUGUUGCGCAUGACCGAGGAUGAGCGCCCAUUCACAAAGGAUUUCAUGGACUUGUUCUCCACAUUGAUGGUCAGCUUGAAGUUGGAUUCGCACCGCGUUCGUUUCACUAGAUAUGACCACACAUUCACCUCGGAAGAGGCCAUCAACAACUUGGGCUCGCUCAAAUUCUCCCAGUCCAACCGCAUGCCCGAUCCCAAGGACCCAUCCCGCAUAGUUACGACUACUACCACCACUACAUUCUCUAUGGCCAAGGAAAUGGCCCGAUCCGUCUGCCAGCGAUUUGUCGAUGCGCGCUUCAUUGAAUCCGUCGACGGCAGGGAGCUUUUGAUCUUCCCGCUCAAGGGCGCCCUCUUCCAGCUUACCCCAAAGGGUAUCAAUAUCCUGCAGCGUUUCUGCCAGCGUAACGGCAUUACCGCUCGUCACGUGAUGGAUGUACUGGAGUCGCCACGCAAUACCAUGCAGCUGGUGAAUCUCGAGCGGGACACGGAUACCGACAAGCUGUCCCAUGAUCGCGCGACGAUCGAGGUGAUCUUCCGCCGCUUUGCUGGUCAGGAUGGCCCGAACAUCAAAAGCAGUAUUUCAACCUCGGAUUCGGACUCGCUUAGUGAUUACACCAACGGCCUGGUUGGAGUGAAGGUGGCUCGGGAGCGCAAACUCCUGGAUGGAAAGGUUUAUAGCAACACAUUUACCGGAAAGGCAUCGGUGGACUGGUUGAUGGAUUGUUCGACUACUAUCGAGCGCCGGGAGACCUGUUUGAUCUCCGAGCUGUUCCUGAAGUAUGGCUUGAUCACGAUGAUUCAAGACGACAAGCAAUUCCCGGAUGUUGGGACCAAUGCUCAUUUCCAGCCUUCCAAGUAUGCCAUCUACGGCAUUACCGAACGGGGGCAGCGCGUAUGUGGAUGGAUUGCCCGCGAGAAGACCCGCGAGGUUGCGCCAACGUACGACAGUCGUGGGAUGCCACGCGAUUCCAAUAACGCCCGAUUGACCCAUAUCCUCCAGGAUCCCGCUCUGCGUUUGCUUUUCCGUGAGUUCCUUCGCUACUCGCUGUGUGAAGAGAAUCUAUCUUUUUACCUCGAUGUGUCGGAAUUCACCACCAAUUACCACAAGGCGGAGAAGAUGGGUACAUUCAACAAGGUCGAUUCAGUGCGGGAAACUUUGGCUGCAGCAUACGGAUUGUACAACGCGUUUUUGGCUCCCGGCUCACCCUGUGAACUAAACAUCGACCAUGCUCUCCGCAACAGCCUCGCCAGCCGCAUGACCAAGGCCGUGGGAGACGACGAGUCCAUGUUCAAGAGUCUCCAAGAAGUGGUGCACCUGUUCGAGCUUGCUCAAACUUCCGUGUUUAAGCUGAUGUCAAGCGAUUCUGUCCCCAAAUUCCUGCGCGAUCCCAAGUACUCCGUCGUUCUACAAGAACACGAUGUCGACAUCAUCGGAGGCUCGCGUUCAUACUCGCCCACACCACCCGCUCCUCCCGCUCCACCCGCCAUCCCAGAACGCAGCAUGAGCCGCUCUGCCCGUGCCUGA